UGACGUCCGCUUUCCAUCUCAAACAUCUCCGCCUAUUUUCCAGCUUCGUCACCGGCACUUUAGUGGCUCCGUUUCUGUUCCUCCCGAAGAGAAGCGGGAUUAGCGGCCAAGUGGCAGGAUGGCGUACCACCCAGAGGCUACACAGGAAACGAUUCACUUUUUUCUUAAUCUCUUGACGGAACCGAGAUGGACUUGAGCCCGUGCUGAAGCCAACAGUCUCCAGUCCGUAUUGUCAACAGUGGAGCACAUCGGUAUAGCGGGGACGGCAAAGCCCACCGUCCGGCACCGAGGGGGCCGAGGUCACCCCGCCGGAGCAGCCCAAUAGUCUGCGUGCGUCUUUCAAUUCUCCUCCGAUGCAACGCCGUGUACCCCAGUUUCGAGGACUUCGCACUAUUAGCAAAUUUAGAUAAAGCUAAUUAAUAUAUAGCUUCCAGCGCAGCACCGAAAGGGAGCCGGAUUGUCGAUAUGUAUCAAACCCUUGCCAUCGCGGCCGGCCCGGGUCAGGCGGGGUACGACUGUCAUGCCGCCGCAGCCGCCUACAUGCACUCGUCUCCCACCUCUCCGGUGUACGUGCCGCCCACCCGGGUGGGACCUGUGAUCUCCAGCCUCCCGUACCUGCCGGGCGGCGUAUCCACUGAAGCGAGCCUUGCGGUCAGCGGCCCCUCGGUGUGGUCACAGCCCGCAGCAGAGAGCUCCCCGUACGCCGCCGGGAGCCCUCACGCAUCCGGCCGCUUUCACUAUUCACCGAGUCCCCCGGUGAACGGCGGAGCCUCCAGGGACGGCAGCUUCGGCCGUGAUCAGUACGCCCUCAGUCGGCCACCUGGCGGCUCCUUCAGCGGUCCGUACUCGGCUUACGUCGGACCGCAGCUACCCACAGCCUGGACGGGCGGAUCCUAUGACAGCACCGUGCUGCAUGCGUUGCAGACAAGAGCAGGACCGCUACCAGUCAGACCCUGUGGAGACGUGCUGGACGACGUGGGAGACGGCCGGGAGUGUGUGAACUGCGGCUCCGUGUCGACGUCACUGUGGAGGCGUGACAGUGCAGGACACUACCUGUGCAAUGCCUGCGGACUGUAUAGCAAAGUGAACGGAUUCUGCCGGCCGCUUAUAAAGCCACAAAAACGCAUGGUGUCCACGCGACGCCUUGGUCUGGCCUGUGCGAACUGUCAAACGAGCACGACCACGUUAUGGCGCAGGAACGCAGAGGGGGAGCCGGUGUGCAACGCGUGUGGUCUGUACACCAAACUGCACGGGGUUCCGAGGCCUCUUGCCAUGAAGAAAGAAGGAAUUCAGACUAGAAAAAGAAAACCAAAGGCUUUGAACAAGAACAAGAGUACAAACGGGACCAUUAACACAGCUGCCAUAAUAAUCCCAAACGUGUCCACCAAUCCUGAGGACUUCUCGAAGACACGAUCUCCACAAACAGAGGCGUCACUCACUGAGGUGAACUCCUCGGCCAUGGGGGGCAGCACUGAGACCCUCAGCUCAGAGAACCCCUCUGUGAAGUACCCAGAGCAAGACAGCUUAUACCCUGGGAUCAGCCACACUUCCACACCGGAGCUACCAGUAGACACACGGGGGGAGUCAUGGGGCCCCCUGGCUCUCACCUAAAUCCUCAGAUACUGACAGCAAAUGCUAGUGCCUUACCGGAGCUCACAUCCAUACUCCUGCUGGGAAUAGGCUGAAGGAAUCGGGAGACACAGUGGAUGGACGUUUGUAUUCAGGACAAGGGUGAUUGUGGGAUGUUUUUAAGGUGAGCAGCAUAAGAGAGGCCAUAAUUCAUAGAGGAGCCAACCGUAUCAUUCACCAAUGAUAGGUGAGUGACAGGCAAGGGGACACUACAAGGGCCAAUCAGCUGUCAGUUGAGGCCGGUGCCUUUGUGGCCCCGCCCUGGCAUGCACCCCUGUAUCUGGACAAGAACAAAAACCAGGUUUAGAUUGAAAUCAACUGCCUUGAAAUGUAUUGUUUAAGAUAUAUCAUGUAUGUGGAAAAAGUGCAUUUUCUCAAAUGUGUAAACACAUACAUGCAAAUGGGAUGCAAAUUGAACACUGAAUGCCUUACUAUUUCAUUGAUACAUUAUAUAUUUUAUACAGUUUCCUACUUUUAUAAUUAUCAAGAUUUUUUUUGUAGUGCACCUCCUAUUUUGACUAAAGAAUUUCAGCUAUUGAAAAUUAUUGUCUCAAAUAUGUAUUUGAGUUAUUUUUAUUAUUUUUCAAGAAAACAAUGUAAUACCCUUUUUUUAGGAUUAAAUUAAUUGAGAUUGUACAAUAUAUUACAAUGAAUUUUAAUGAAUUCCAUCUUGAAUUCAACAGCAUUUUACACUACAGCAGCACAAGAAGUUUACAUUCCCUCCAUGGUCGUUGAGUGAAAUUAUAAUGGUCAUAUGCAGGGCAUGGUUUGCAGGCAAAGUGUUUUCUUAACGUGCAGUUACUGUACGGGCUGUACAGUGUGGGCCCUGCAACGGACUGGCAUCCUGUCCAGGGGCCCUACUGGGUCCAGAUCCCCAGUCUCCUCUGGAACAGAACGACUGCAAUUAUAAUGCAAUUAGCUGCUGGUUUUGCUAUUCCUUGUUUAAGAUGUCAAUAAAUACUACAACUAAUUUAAUAGUGCACAAUGUUAAUGGUAGUCUUAUUUAAUAAAGUAUUGCUAGUCAGGGGGACCAUACAGGGGCAGAAAAUUAGGAUGAUUCCCUAAGUGACAGGUGCUCUGAAACUAUGGAACAUAACUGGAUUGGUCUGGGUGGGGGGUCCAAUAUGAUAUGCUUUCAAGGGGCCCAAAAUCGCAACAAUAAUUAAAAUAAAAACAGUGAGUCUAAUAAACUGCACCAAAGGAAAUGUGUUGCACUGGGUUGAAGCAGUCUGCCUGAGCUGAUGGAAACCACCGGACAUGUAUGUACAGGAAAGUGUGCCAUUUUCUCAAUGUACACUGUAUAAAACUGAUUUAUGUGGA